AAGCAACACUGUGUUGUUUACUGUCGCAUGCUAUUCAGCGACUGCUUCCGUCCAACAAGUAAGCCUUUGUCGUCUCUGUCGGAGCAUCGUUGGACAGUUUUAUUUCGGUUGUUGCGAUUUCUUAAUUUUUGAACGAAAUUUUCUCAGUACAUCUGGUUACAAUGAAGCCAAAUGCAACUAGUCGCGGUGCGCUAAGGCCACACUACGCUGGGAGAGCACCGCCGCUUCUCCUCGCAGCUCUUCUAAUCGGUCUCGCGUUGAUCGGCUUCUGCUACUAUAAUUUAUCUUCCCAGUACAGCGCUUUGGAAGCUCAAUACAGAGAUCUGCAAGACCGGUUCAGGGUGUACGCCGAAAAGCGGGAAGCUCUCCAAGCUCAGGAAGAAGUGUUAAAAAAGAAGCUGGACACCACGCAGAGAGAGCUCUCCGAGCAGUCGAGAUUAUCCGCGCUCCGCGACAAGGAGAAAUCAGCUGUGGAAGUUAGCUUGAGAAAGAAAGACGAAGAGCUUAUGACCAAAACUCGGGAAGCGGAAGCAGCGACCAACGGAAUGACAGAAUGUAUGCAGCGCUUGAACGAAACUUCGACGAAGCUGACUCAGAGAGAAGGGGCUUUAGCCAAGUUAAAUGAAGAGGUUAACGCCCUCAAGGAGAAGCAAGUUGUAGUAAAGCCAGUUCAAAUGGAACAGCAAACACCUAAAGUAGAGGUGAAGCAGACACAAAGGAAAGAGGACUCGGUACGUGGAAGCACAGUACAAGAGCAGGCACUGGACCCAGAUGUACAUCCAAAACCACAGGAUGCAGCACAGUGAGUGACCGGCUGCACGCUCAUGGUCUGCCAUCACCGCCACUGAAUACUACGCUCUGGGCAGGGACGGAUUGUUACCAUCGUCAUACGUCGAUCCACCACGUGUCUUGUACACAUCAUACAGAUGCUGUGUAGUCCCACAUGCAAGCGUCAGUCAUCUUGUCGAUACUAUGACUUGGACAAAUGCUUCUCGUUUCACUUGCCUCCUGCGUAUCAGAUUUAGUUUGAACACCUAAUCAGAUUUUCCAUGCGUCCUCAGAAAAUCACUCCGCACAAGACAAGCUGGAAGGUAUGAGAGGUAUACAGAAAGCAAGUCCCAAUUGGCUAUUAAUAAUUGUAAAACAACACACACACAAAAACUUGUUUUCACAAUGUUUUAUUUUAAUGGGGUUAAACUACAUUCACGACAAUUAUUGAGGCCCUUGUCAUAGUGGGGCAUCAGUCUUUGCGUUCCCGCAUUGUAGAAUGAUGCCGUCUGUCAUAAAACAAAAGUACGGUGGAUUACUCCACCUUAUCACACGUUCUUUCACAUUGUCUUCAUUUUCUUUUUAUCUCUGAUAAAACACCCAGCCAUGGCAAAAACGUUUUUAUCAUCUGUUCUCACAGCCUAUGUGACCUGCCAGUGGACGAAUCGACAUCCCCACGAUGGCGACACCAAUAUUUAAAGACUGAACCUACUUUCUGGAUGCACCUCGUACUUGCCAACGCAGUGAGAUAUGCAAGACUGCAAGCAGACGCGAUAUGUAAUGCAAAAACUGGUGGUGGACAUUUAUUUAUUUAUAUUGCUCAGUUCCUUGGGAGAGUGCAAUUCCUGUUCAGCAGGGUGUUUUUACUGGUAUUCUCGGGUGCUAAGCACUUCUUGUAUAUUUUACGUUUCACUUUGUAAUUUCUUUUAUCACUUUCAUUCACUGGGAUGUAUGUUAAUCAGAUUUUGAAUUACACUGCACUCGCUAUAUUUCUCAUUGGAAAGUAACUUAUUGGUUUACAAGCAAUAUUGAUGUUAACCAUGUACAAAAUGGGUUGCGUUGGAUAACUUCAUUAUAUACAAACGUCCUUAAAAUCCCUUUUCUUUUUUUACUCGGAAUGCUCACCCUGCAGAGAUCGGUUACUCCUUUGGAAGAAAGGCACCGGUAUGUUGAUGCCACUCAAGCAUGCUCAUGUUGCAUGAGAGCAAAUUGCAGUAACUUCUGGCUGCUUGCACGCACCCACCAAAAAUUCGAUUCAGUCAGUGCUUAUGCUCAGAACACAAGGAAGGACAAGGAAGCAUCACAUCGAGAUGAAUUAUCGCAGGAUAAUUAUUUGUGGCUUCAUGUCGUGAGUCAACUGUGACCAUGAGUGACACCACAGUGGUCGGUCUGUGGAUUAAUCUUACUAAUCUGAGAGUUUUUUAAUGUACACCAAAAUCUCAGAACACAGUAUUUAACACCCCUCGCAGAAGACAGAACCCAAGCAACUUGUACCCUGCCACCAUUUCAAUCCCAACCAAAUUGCUGUUGCUAGCAUCCUCGGCCGGGGUUGAAACGGCAACCUAUGAAUCAGACUUUGUUGCUGAGACAGAAAAUACCACUAAAAUGUGCAGCACCAUAUAGCAAGUAGAAGGCACCCAGAGGCCAAAUUCCGCCAUACAACACGUGCUUUAUACACUGGAAACUACGGUACGAAACAGGGGAACACUGUACAAUAUACCAUGAUGCGAGAUGGUAUUCAUUACUUUUACUGGAACAUUGAUUUUUGUUUUAUUUCCCUGCUGUACAUACAUCGAACUCUGUGGUAUGGACAUCAGAAAUGCUGUCAACAAUAUUCUCAGUGCACACAGCGUGUUCCGUGAAAUAUUCCCAAACAAUAGGGGCUUCCGACGUUUGAGAUUCUGUAUCCACAGUGUACAAUUUUGAACUGUGUCUGUAGAACAGCAAUAUUCGAGAGAUUAAAAUGGGGUGCUAGACUGUUAUCCGAGUGUCCGUCCCGAGAUGUUUUAGCAUGCUUGCGUAAAACAAAAAAAGAAAAAAAAAGAUGUUCUAGCAGGAGUUGCUCAAUUACGGAUGUGUCGUAUGUUUCUUGUUAGUGCAUCAAAAACAAAAGGGCUUUUUGAAUGGAGCUUGUUCUUCACCAUGUGAACUGUUUCCUAGGACAUUAGAUGAAUGUCAUAAAGUAUUGCCACAUAAGCAUUCCAAUAAAUAUUGUACAAAUGUG